UUAAAUCAGAAGGCAACCUACAGUUGAUUAGCUUCAAAAUGCAAAUGGCACGAGUCAUCUGUUUCCUGUUGAUCCUUGGCUGUGUGGUUGUUAAUGCCCAAGCUCCUGACUGUCGGAAGCUAAGGGAAACCUGCAAUCCCUGCAUCCGAGGACUGAAUAAUACCAUAAACAACGUGGAGUACAUGAACAACGGUUGCCGCGAGAAAGUACGUGGCAGAUACAUCUGGAGGAAUCAAACUCGGUGCGACCUUCAGGUCAUAGCUUGUGGAGCCCACAAGAGGAAAAUGGACUGCCUGGUCAUAGCCGAGCUUGCCGGCAUGCCCAGACGUACUUAGAGGAAUGCCCACCAGCAAUAUGACUAUCCGAACGAACCCAGCUAAAAUAUUAAAAGUGAUUUUGGACAAAUAAAUGCACCUUUUCGAAGAGA